AUGGGGUGUGUUGCCAGUACUGGAGGUAGUAGUGGUGACGAUGAGUCGUUGAUGCAAAGCAAGCGAGUGAACGAUUUGAUCGAACAAAAUUUGCAAUUAGAGAGGAACAAGAACAAGAAUGAGGUGAAACUGUUGUUGCUUGGAGCUGGGGAAAGUGGUAAGAGUACUGUGUUGAAGCAGAUGAAGCUGUUGCACCAAGGCGGGUUUACGCAUCGCGAAAGGAUGCAAUAUGGACAAGUGAUAUGGGCAGAUGCCAUUGAGUCGAUGAGGACGUUAAUUUUGCAAGCCAGGAAACUGGGCAUUGAGCUGGAUAGCGAUCAAGAGAAGGCAGGAGGAGAGUUGAGAAAGAGUAAAGAGAUUAUAUUGCGGGCGAACACGCUAGACCAAGUGGACGCACGGAUGGCCGGUGGAUCUGAGUUUCUUAACGAGUAUGUGUUGAAAUAUUCGAACGGGGCUGCAGCAGGAGCUCAUGGGAAACAAAGGAAGCAGCAGCAGCAGCAGUCGGACAAAGACGAUGAAGAUGGAUUGCUCUUGACUGAGAAGUACGGUAACGAGGAACUGGAAGAUAUGGAACUUGAACUUGACAUGGAUUUGAAACCGAUUGACCAGACGACGAAUGAGGAGAUUGCGCAUGCAAUCAAGCAGCUAUGGACACACGACCGAGGCAUACGCCAGUGUUUCCACCGGUCGAGCGAGUUCCAGCUGGAAGGGUCUGCGUCGUACUACUUUGACAACAUUGAGAAGUUUGCUCGAGUCGACUAUGUGUGUGAUGACAUGGAUAUAUUGAAGGGCCGGAUCAAGACGACGGGGAUUACCGAGAGCAGUUUCAAGAUUGGGCCCAGUACGGUGAAAGUUUACGAUGCUGGUGGACAAAGGAGCGAGAGAAGGAAAUGGAUCCAUUGUUUCGAGGGGAUCACGGCGGUGAUAUUUGUCAUUGCGGUGAGCGAGUACGACCAGAUGCUGUUUGAAGACGAAAGGGUGAAUCGGAUGCACGAGUCGAUCAUGCUUUUGGACACGCUUUUGAACUCGCGAUGGUUUGCGAACACGCCGUUCAUUUUAUUUUUGAACAAGGUGGAUCUAUUCCAAGAGAAGGUGAAGCGGUCGCCGAUAAGGACGUGGUUUCCCAACUAUCCUGGGAGGUUGGGCGACAGCGAGACGGGGCUCAAGUACUUUGAGUCGUUACUACUUAGUUUGAAUCGGAACAACAAGCCGAUGUACGUUCACCGGACGUGUGCUACGGACACGCAGUCGAUGAGGUUUGUGUUGGGAGCGGUUACGGACCUGGUGAUCCAGCAGAACUUGAAGAAGAGCGGGAUGCUGUAG